AUGGAGCAGAAACCCAACAGAAAGAAGUUUCUCUUUCCAAAAAUUAUAGGAGCAAAGGAUGGGAAUGCCUUGUCAAGGCAUAGUGCCGAGUCCUCCAUCAACUCCACAGUUGAUUUGAAAGAGUCCCCAGAGAGGUCAUCAGUGGCUUCCCCGUCAGCAUCAUCCUCAUCCUUCUUCAAAAGUCUUUCCGAAAGUAGAAGUCUAAAAUUCAGCGGCUUCAGCUCUCCUCCAACAACUACUAAUACCCAUAUAGAAGCUUUCAGGGUGUUUGCAGCCACAUGGAAUGUAGCUGGAAAGACCCCGGGCAUGGGUCUCAAUCUUAAUGAUUUCUUGCCCUCUGAUGACUACUCAGACAUUUAUGUGUUAGGGUUCCAAGAAGUCGUCCCCCUCAACGCCGGCAACGUCCUUGUGAUCGAGGACAACGAGCCGGCGUCGAGAUGGCUCGCCCUCAUCAACCAGGCGCUGAACCGGCCCUCACCGACCUCCGACGCCUACGCCUCAGCCAUUUCCGAUGCUGCUGCAGCAAGCUUCUCGUUCAGCGGAUCCGUAGACACGACGGCCUCUGCAUCCCCGGUCUCCGCUCUCCAAACGCCCAGCUCCAGCCCCCUCGACCCGUCGCGGUUCCACAAGGCCUCCAACAGAGAGAUCCGCCGCGCCGCCAUCACUCGCGGCCGCUGGCUCAAGACGUGCACCUGCCCGGCGGAGCGGCCUCGGAGUCGGAGGUCGUACAGGGCGCCGUGCCUGAUGGGAUGCGGCAAGAACGCCGACGCCAUCGAGAGCGACACGACGACGUCGGAUGAGGAGGACGACGAGGUCAGAACCAGCAGCUUCGCGGUGUCCGACGUGAAGAGCCCGGCGGCGCCGGUGGUGGCGAGCCGGCGGGAGAGGUACUGCCUUGUUGCCUGCAAGCAGAUGGUGGGUCUGUUCGCGACGAUGUGGGUGAGGAGGGAGUUGGUGCCGCACGUCGGCCAUGUCCGGUUCUCCUGCGUCGGCCGCGGCAUCAUGGGCUACCUCGGCAACAAGGGGUGUAUCUCUGUUAGCAUGUCGCUGCACCAGACGAGCCUGUGCUUCGUGUGCAGCCACCUGGCGUCGGGGGAGAAGGAAGGAGACGAGCUCAGGAGGAACUCCGAUGUCGUCGAGAUCCUCAAGAACACGCAAUUCCGCAGGCUCUGCAAGAGAUCAGGCCGCAGGAUUCCCGAGAGAAUUCUCGACUAUGACCGUGUGAUCUGGCUCGGUGAUCUGAAUUACCGGAUUGCUCUGAGCUACCCGGAAGCCAAGAAGCUCGUCGAGGCCAACGACUGGGGUACUCUCUUUGAGAAGGAUCAGCUCAAGACUGAAAGGGAGGGUGGAGUUUUCAGAGGGUGGAACGAGGGCAAGAUUUUCUUUGCUCCCACAUACAAGUACUCAUGGAAUUCCGACAACUAUGCUGGUGUGACCGGAUUCUCUGGUAUUGAAGGGAUAGUGCAACUGUCCUACAUCAAUGGAGAGUCGAAAUUUUCAGACCAUCGUCCUGUCUGCAGUGUGUUCAUUGUCGAGGUUGCGGUUCCCGGCAACAAACUCAUCAAGUUUGCAUCAGGUCCCAACAUGAAAGUUGGCGUGGAAGAACUCCUAUUUGCCCCCUUGUAG